UUAUCACAACCGCAAUUGCCGAGAUCGAACGUUUACAGCAAAUAUUAUUAUUAAUAUAAUUUCCCCACGGCACCAGAGUGAAAAUCGUUUGUCGUUUUGAUUGAGAGGCUCGUUUGUAAGGAACCGAAGUAAAGCGACGAAACGCCUGACUCUGUUGCCCGACAGCCAUGACGUCGUUGUAUAGGUAUUCGUAUUACGAUACUCCGGACGGAAAGGACCUCCAUAAGAAAUUGGUGUUCGCUGCCAAAAACGUAUCGAUCUUAGGAUUCGGAUUGGCGACAUCAGAAAUCAUCUUGAUCAGCAAACCGAUCGGAUACUUGAACACCCUUUACAGGUAUGGUCAACUUAUGGGCCCCAUGUACGCUGCCGCGGCAUCAUUCUGUACGGUGACGUAUGUGUCCACAAAAUUACGAGAAAAAGAUGAUGAAAUGAAUUAUGCGAUUGGUGGAUUUACUACUGGUAUUUUUACUGGUGCAUUAAUUAAACGAUACAUGUUCGGAACAUGGAUGGGUGUUUCAUUUGCUAUUGCGGGUGCUGUCAAGAAGUAUGCAAAGCUCAACGACAUCGAGUUCUUCCCAGUUUCCUUAAAUCGUAAAUCUAUACACGGUGAUUUCUAUACACCAUAUAGAAAUUGGACCAUUUAUGACCAACGACCAAAAGGUUGGAUAGCAGCUGAAGAACGAAAGGAAUAAGUUUAUCACAUUUUAGACAUGGUGGAACUCAUAUUUCGAAAAUAAAUGAACAAGUAUACUUUAUAAAUACUAAGAUAUGUGCUAUGUAAUAAUGUGAAUACAACAUUUGAUACUCACCUCGGUAAU